AAAGUCAGAUGGGCAUUCGGAUAAAAUUAAAGCAAACCCUUUCUUGGACUGACUAAGAAAAUUGUAAAGAAAUGUCCCCUUAGAACCCUACAUGCAGACCUUCCAUGUCCCCCAAGAACCACCGUUAUAAGUGUUCCGCCACCACCAUUUCCUCCCACGGCCACGGCUGCCUUAUUUAGCCCCCACCCCCACUUCACUCUUCCAAACCCUUUUUCCUUCAAAACCCACUUUUUGUGAUCUAAUAUUUUGUUUCUUAUUACCUAUACAUGGCUGCAGCCGGGUCUCCGUGCGGCGCGUGCAAGUUUCUCCGGCGAAAGUGCGCCGCGGACUGCAUAUUCGCGCCGUAUUUUUGCUCCGACCAAGGCCCGGCUCGAUUCGCCGCCAUCCAUAAGGUGUUUGGGGCCAGUAAUGUUUCCAAAAUGUUAAUGCAAGUUUCGGUUCAUGAGCGGUGCGAUGCGGUUGUCACCAUUGAUUAUGAAGCUCGAGCUAGGAUCAAAGAUCCUGUCUAUGGCUGUGUCGCCCAUAUCUUUGCCUUGCAACAACAGGUGGUGAGUUUGCAAGCUCAGCUGAUGCAAGUGAAGGCUCAACUAGCUCAAACUUUGAUGACCACCGGAAACCAGUCGUGGCCGAGUUACACGGCGGGUGGCGGCGGCGGCGCAGGGGUUUUUCCGGCGGCCGUGAACUCGGCAGGCUCGCCGCAGAGCUCCAUGGAUUCGUUCGAGGGUUACAGUGAAGGGUUAGGGUUUGUGAAGCAAGAAAUGGCGAUGGUGCAAAACAGGGAUAAUAAUGAAGAUAAUUACUGUUAUUAUGGUGGUAAUAAUAAUAAUAAUGGCAGUUGUAAUAGUAGGAAGAGAGUUUCACAGACUGAUUUGGGUGAGCUUCAAGCUUUGGCUCUUAGAAUGAUGAGAAAUUGAGAGACAUAAUUAAUGGGUUUAAUUUGGGGUAUACUUUAAUUUCAUGGAUGCUAAUUAACUUACACUUUUCUAUUUAGAUAAUAAUAAAUUUCAUUAUAUUG